GAGCCACCAAGAAGGAAGAAGCUGCAUAAGCCCUCGCUGGUAUAAAUUCCCUACGGAUAACCGGCAUGAGGAUACUUGAUUCGCGGUAGCUACUAAGUUUCGUCUCUUGUCGAGUUACUCAAAUUUUAUAAAUUAACUACAGACAUGAAAGUACUCUUUGCAUUUUUGGGUUUGGCGACAAUCGUAAGCGCGCAAUUGAAAUAUCCUCAAUAUAAUCCAGAUUACUAUGGACGUCGGUACGCAAUUCUUCGGCAAAACCACGAUCAAAAUAUCGACGGUUCUUAUGCCUACAGUUACGACACGGAGAAUGGUAUAUCUGUAGCAGAGCAAGGGAGCCGAAAAAACUUAGGCGUGGGAGGUGAGGCCGAAGUGGUAAGAGGUCAAUACAGUUACACAGCACCAGACGGUACUCCGAUCUUAGUGACUUACGUGGCGGAUGAGAAUGGAUUUCAAGCAGCCGGUGCCCACCUGCCAACACCACCACCCAUACCCAUCGCUAUUCAACGAGCCUUGGCCCACAAUGCGGCCCAUCCCGAAGAGGAAGAGCCGUACAACCGAAGAUACUACGGCCAGAAAAAUUAUUAGAUGCUGGUAUAAGGAAGACACUAAAUUAAAUAAUUGGCUUUACAUCCACUUGGAAUGUAACUCGAUUUAUUUAAAGGAAGAGGAAGAUCAAAAUCACGCAGUUCAAUCAAUAUUGCGGAAAUAAAUUUCCUUAUGCUAAUAACUAUUAAAAAAAAAAAAACACAACCAGUACAUAAUGGUAUAUAUUUAAUAAUUAUAACAGACUAUAUUUUUUUACAUUAUAAAGUAUACAUGUUUCUUAUUGUAUGUAAUAAAUUAAUAAAUUAAUAAAUAAUCA